CAUACAGCCUUCGCCUACUACCACGCGACCUAAUUCCUUCAAGACGCGCCAACGCCGUAUCAAAAAUCCCAUCUAUCUAGGUACAUACCUGCAUAGGCAUUUUUAGCCAAUGUUAGAUAGCUACUUACUUAGGAGUCAAUAAGUCUUCAUUCGGCACAUAACCUACUAGGUAGUGUGAUGUCCUACGCGAUAAGGCAUUAAUCAACACCACCUAUCCAUUGUCCUAUUGCCCCAUUGUUCUAGUCCUCUCUGUGUUCAAUACCAUGUCGCCAUCCGCCAAAACUCUUGAGAAUGAUCUCCGCGACGGUGUUCGCUCCAUCGUCGAUGAACGAGGCUGGGAUGAUGUGACCGUGAACAAUGUUCGCCAGUACGUCGAAGAGAAGGGUGAUCUGGAGAAAGGAUUCUUUAAAGAAUCGGAGUGGGACGCGCGAAGCAAGAAGAUAAUUAAGGAAUUUGUUUCUAAAUUGUUAGCCGAAGAGGCAGAAGCUCCACAAUCUUCCCCAGCAGCUAAGGCUAAGUCUGAAUCUAAGAAUGGAGUGAAGCGCCAAUCGAGCGACGAGCCAUCUCCUAUACCAAAGCGCCAGAAGAAGGCCGCUCGAGCUGCGCCGCCUAAGAAAACUAAGUCCAAGAAGGAGGACUCCGAAUCAGAACUUAGCGACCUAGAUGACAUGAGCGAACCCGAGGAGGCGCCGAAGAAAGCUUCUACGAAGAAGGCAGCUAAGAAAGAAGACACUGACUCUGAAUUGAGCGAUCUUGGAUCGUCAGAGGACGAGCCGAAGGCUACUAAAGCGAAGAAGUCAGCAUCUCGUCCUAAAACCAACAAAAAAGAGACCGAGUCUGAAUUAAGCGACCUAAGCGACUCGGAGGAAGAGCCCAAGAAGAAGGCAACGUCAAAGGCGAAGGCGAAGGCGAAGGGCUCGAAGAAAGCUACACCCCGUCGCAAACCUAAGAAAGUUCAAGACGAGGAAGCUAGCGACUUGGAAGACUCGCCUGUGAGCAAGAAGCGCAAACGCGCAGCGCCUGCGAAGAAACCUACCCCUAAGCGCGCCAAAGUAAAACCUGCUAGCGAAGAUGAAGCAGUCGAUGAGAAGGAUGAAGCGGCGUCAGACACCAAUGAUGCCAAGGCCGAGUCCAGCCCGGAAGCAAAGGUCGCAGUGGCGCCUAAGCCUGAAGAACCUGACGAGAGUACUAAGCCGAAGGAUGUAGAUGUUGAGGAUAGCAAAGCAGCAAAAGCUGAAGACUCAGACUCUUCACUAUCAUCCGUCAUAGACGAUCCGCCUCCAAAAAAGCGCAAGGCUAAAGAGCCAAAGGGAGCAUCGAAACCAAAGCAGGCGAAGGAAGUAUCGGGGGACGAUACGGAGAUCAAGAAGUUGCAAGGGCAGUUACUCAAGUGCGGAAUUCGCAAAAUUUGGGGCAUUGAGCUGAAAAAGUACGGCGACGAUAGUAAAGCUAAGAUCAGACACCUAAGGGGGUUACUUCGCGACAUAGGGAUCGAGGGUCGCUUUUCAGAAGCUAAGGCGAAGGAGAUUAAGGAGAAGAGAGAGCUUAUGGCGGAUCUAGAAGCUGUCACCGAAAUGAAUCGCAACUGGGGCAGCGGAAGCGGUGGUCGUGUCUCCAGGAGCAAAACUACGAAGAAAACCUCCAAGGCAGAGAUUGAAGACGACGGGGAUGAUGAUGUCAAAGACGACGACGAUAAUGAGGAUGAGGACGAAGUGAAGGCAAACCCGCGAGUGUCUAAACGGAUGGCCGAUUUGGCCUUCCUUGGCAGUGAUAGUGAGUCGGAUUAGGGAGAUACCAAGGCGCAGUUCUCAAACAUGUCACGAAGAGAUUUUAAUGAGUGUAAAAAAUUACGUUCCAGAUAUCCCUAUUUGCUAGCAUUCAUCUUCUGAGCUACGAGAC